AUGGGGUCCGGGCCAGUGAUCCACACGGAGCUGUUCACAUCAACUGAGCUCCUCUCACAGCCAUGGCUGCCGGAACUCACCCACAUGAUCAACGCAAGCUAUACGGUCAGCCACACCAACAAAAUCAAGUAUCUCGACGACAAACUCAGACUUCGUACCGACAGCGAACUUUCCGAGGAAUUAGGUGCAGAUGGGUUCACAGCUGUUGCAUUUGCCUCUGACGGCACAGACGAAAAACCCCAAGUCAUCGGCACUGCAAGCAUGAAGCCGUGGAAAGAUGAUGGGCUCUGGAACCCCCUCGACCACGAUGAUACCAUUCAUGACCCUACGACAGAAAAAGUGAACAGCGAAAUGGAGCAGAUCAUCCGUCACCACGCCUGUCCGGGGGACUAUGAGCUUGCUGUGGUGGCGCUCCCGCCAGAUCCCCGUUACCGCGGGAAAGGCAUUGCGGGAAGGCUGGUGAGGGCGUGUGAAGAUGAGGUCCUACGACGUCGGAGACACGAAGCUGAUCGUGAAAGGCCUGUGAAGGUCAUGAUUCGGGUCUCGAAAGAAAAUGCAGGAGACUAUUGGCUCAAGCAGGGAUUCAAGACUGUGGGUAGCCGGAGGUGUCCCAAGGGUUUCUGGGAUUCCCUCGAGGAAUUUACCAUGUGGGCCAUGAUCCGUGAGCUUCAUCAUCAAUAG